AUGCUCGCCCACCAAGGACACCACGGGGGGGCCGGACCAUCGCACGCGCCGAUAUACUCGACGCCUCCCCAAAGCGCUCCGGUCGCCAUCCCGCCUCGGUUCUCGCAAGGCGACAGGUCGGCAAACACUUGCCCUCCAACCUCAAUUCCCCGGACUCUUGGAUUCGACCUCGGUCCGGUACAAGUCGUGCCGGCCUUCGCCGAAGCCAACGUGCUCAACCGAUCGAACGGCGUGUCCGAAUACGAAUGGCACAUCGCCCCAAGCGACGAGCGUUAUCAUCCUCGCGCUGAGUACGAAUACCACCGCAUGUAUGAGGAGACGUACGGCCAAAAGAUGGCGUGCGUCCGCUCGCAGUGCGAGAUGCGAUGCAAUUGCUACACCCUCCUCCGCCGACUUCGCCCCCAAGCGGGGCCCGACACGACGGUCCGCCCCAGCUCAUUGAGCGCUCCGAACACGACAGCACCGAGCCCGCACCGGCAAGUCUACUGUCCGGAAAGCGCGCCACCAAGCCCUCCAGAAGAAGAGUACAUCGACCUCUAUCCUGAGCUCGAGGCGUGCCUUUGCGCUCUUGAUGAGGGGCAAGUCAGAACCCACAACACCGACGCCUUCAGUACGCUCGCCAAGAGAGGCGGGCUCGACGGUUUUCCAGGCGCCGCCGACGCACUGUACGCGGCAAUCAACUUUCGGGAAUUCCCCGAACAGUACACGCGCUUGCCGUCCGUGUCCGAGGCCCAUAAUGUCGACGAGAGGACGUUUAAGCACGCUCUCGCCCUCGUUGACUACCUCUACGCACGACACUUCAAGAUUAAUUUCGACAUCAGCUGUUCUGCUGACCAGUUCACCGUGCUGGUGAGUGAAACCUGCGGAACGCCAUCAGCACACCUUACCGACCUAUCCGCUGACGAAGGCGACCAGACGACGCACCUCCACAUCGACUCAUGCGGAGGCGCCCACGUCUUCCGAGACAAAGCCUUCAUCCUCGACCCUUCCGCCCACGUGCCGACCAAUGUCCGCAUGAACACCGGCACGGGUCAAUCCGAAACGUGUCACUCCUAUGGACCCUUCGCCUUCGAGGUGCAAGACCGAGACGGCAACUGGUUCCCCGUCGUGCGCAACGGAUUUUUCCUCCCGACGUUCAAAGCAAACAUCUUCUCGGUGAAUCGCGACCGCCGUCUCAACGGCUCCGAGAUCAUCCCAUCUCAAGAUGUGAGCUCGAUCAGCGCACGCAACAGCGACACGCUCAUCAUAGACGGACGAGAAGUCUCGGUGUCAAACGCCAAAGACAUCUCGCGGGUGGCCAUCAGGCCAGUCAGCGGGUACGACCAAAGCCUAUCCACUGCCUUAUGGACGGAAUUGAGCCCAGACGUGGAGCUCAUGCACCGCCGCCUAGGGCACAUGCCUCUCGCAGCUAUGGCUAAACUGCCAGAGCACGCUGUCGGCUGCGACAUCCAUGUGCCCGCAAAAGCGAUCGCCGAACACCGCCACUCCUGUGAAACGAUGCACCCCGUGGGCUCGACCAUCGGCAUCCUACCGCCGAACAACAACGAGGAGCGCAAGGAACUUGCCAAACAACGGCAAUCCGGCAAGGGCUGGCUAAUCGGACCGGCUCGAUACGCCAGGGGUUUCAUUGUCUUCAUCCCCAAUGGAAAGGGUCUGACCUCUGGCAAGUACAAAAUCAGUCGCAACGUCAGGGUUGACGAAUACCUCCUCCCGCGAGGACGCGUAAGCAACUCGUCGCCCACAACGCCUCCCGACGAUCCAGGGGGUGUGACCAGUCCACCCGCCAACCCACCGACGGUGGAGGCGUGGGCUGGCCCACCAAAGUCGGGCUCAGACGUGACUUGGGCUACCGCCGCCCCGCCACCACGCGUCAAGGCGUGGAAAGGCGCGCACGACGCUGGCAAGCAAGCAGCAGGCCCAAGGGCCUUCGCCUGA